AUGUCUGAAGAUCGUCGAGUUUUGAUUGCUUGUCUUGCUGGAUCUUUUUUUGUUUAUCAUGUGAGUUGAAUCAAAUACUUAAGUAAAGUACUUAAAGUACUUAUAUUGAAACAACGUAUUGCAUUUUAAGACGGCGAAGAAAAAUCAUAUCUCUGCGAUCUCGAAUGGAAGAAAAAUGGAUUCCUAUCGGAACUGUCAAAUGUUUGGAUAUUUAUCCAAUAAAAUCUUGUGCUCCUCGAAAUGUUUUCAGUUUCAAAUGCACUUCUCACGGCGCAGUUUUUCAAGGUUAUGAAGAUCGCUCAUUUUUAUUGGUCAAUGGAAAAACUGGGAAAUUUCUGACUGCUCGGCAACAUCCGAAAUUAGUCAAAGUUCAAUGUGAAAUAAGAGAUGACAUUGUGAAAAUCAAGUUUCCUAACUCCGAAGAAAUCAGUUUCAACUUGAAUGGAACUGGAAAGAUUAUCAGAGCCACGUGGGUGUUUUUCCCCAAAAAUUUAUUGCAUAAAAUCAAUACUUUUUAGACUAUUCGAUGACUUGAAACAAGAUGGUUAUGAUUGUGGAGAUUUGAUUGCGAAUGCAUUUUCAGAAUAUCUCGGAGAAUCUGAUAUUCGAUUGAUUUAUCAUAAACCUGGAAUGUAUACCGAGAGAACUACAGUACCAGAAUCAAACUGGUGGAAUAAUCCAGUUCCAAAGCGAAAAGAUGAUGUAAAACAUUAUUUGAAUACAAUAAUUCAACAUGAUGUUUUUCAGGCACGAUUCAAUGAUCUUGCUCCAUUUAUGAUAACAACUCAAUCAUCUUUAGAUGCUCUCAAUGAAAAAUUGGAGAGCAAAGUAACAACAAGAAGAUUUAGGCCAUCAAUUUUGAUUGAUGGUCCUGUUGAAUGGGACGAAGACAAAUGGGCUGAAAUAAAAAUAGGAGAUGUUCGGUUGGAAUGUUUUGCACCAUGUACAAGAUGUGUUUUGACUACUGUGGAUCCGGAAUUGGGAGUUAUGAAUCGAGAUGUUCAACCAUUGAAAACUUUGAGAGAGUAAGAUUGUAAACUUCGAAAUAAUCCUGGAUAGUUUUGUAUUUAAGAUUUCGACUAGCUCCAGAGGGAAAAAUGAGAGAAGCUCACAAAGAAAGUCCUGUAUUUGGUGUUUACGCUGGAUUGAAAGAUUCGUCAAAAGAGGUAAAAAUAUGAUUCUAUCAAUCAAUAUUUACUUAUGCUGUUUCAGAACUACAUUCAUGUUGGUCAGACUGUUUAUGCGCGCUACAAGCCUUCCGCGUUUUAA